AUGGGCAAUCCAUCUGAUGGCUUCUUCGGCAAGACUAUUUCUUUUUUAAUCUCAAACUUUUAUGUAGAACUCACCCUUCUUCCGAACAGUUUUACACAAUCUCUUGGGUAUCAUUCGAUCAACUUUCUGUCAUCUCCCACAUCGAAUGCGCAUGGCUUUGAAAACAGCAAAUCUUUAAUAGCAAGUUCUGUUGUCGAUGGAUAUAACAAUGAUCAUUGCCUAUUACAAGCUACUUGCAAGGUAUUCUUCACUACUUGUGAGACGCGAGAUAUUUUUCUACAUGAUCAAGGCUUUUCUGUCUUUUUCGAGACCAACAUCCCUCGCCAAGUGGGUCUCGCGGGCUCGUCGGCAAUCAUUACGGCAUUUUGGAAGGCGUUAAUGAAAUUUUAUAAUGUAGAUGAUGAUAAGAUACCAUUGAGCGAGCGACCAUCUUUGAUUUUAUCGGUGGAAAGAGAUGAGUUGGGCAUUGCGGCUGGGUACAUGGAUCGAGUUAUACAAUCGUAUGGCGGACUAGUGUUUAUGAACUUUGAUAGAGAACAGAUGGAGAGCCAAAACGUGGGAUUCUAUGAGAGAAUUCCAUUGGAGAAAUUGCCAAAGGGCUUUUUGUUGGUUUAUGAGGGAAACCCCAGUGAUUCCGGCAAAAUACAUAGUGACGUACGUAAACGUUGGGAGGCUGGUGAUGAGAAGGUAAUCGAAUCAAUGAAAUGCUUUGCCGCGUUCGCUGAAAAAGCUCGUGAAGCACUUUUUGAUUCCUCCCACAGUCAAUCAACUAAACGCAAGAUUAUUGCCUCUUUAAUGAACCAAAACUUUGAUCUGCGACGUGAGCUAUUUGGUGACGCAGUUCUUGGUAACGCAAAUUUACGUAUGAUAGAACUAACUCGGAAACAUGGGUUUGCUGCCAAAUUCACAGGAUCAGGCGGAGCAAUAUUAGGUUUAUGGUCUGGCGAUAUCGAUGAAGAAUCAGUAGAAAAUGUAGAGAAAUUAAGAUUAGAUUUACAGAGAGAGGGCUUCAUGCUUUGUUGGAUUGAACCUGAACUAGGUGAUUUGUAA